AUGCUGUCUAACACAUAUUUUCUUUCCCAGUAUACGGCUGAAUUCGUGAAGGACAACCUCUUCCAAACCACCAUCGACAAGAUCAAACAGCUGUGCAAUCAAAUACCUGCAGCUGGAGGGACGCAAUCUAACAGCGGAAGCGGCAGCAGCAACAGUAACAACAACAACAACAAUAACAAAAAUAGUGGCAAUGGCGAAACCAACACCAACACAAAGACACGAGGCUGUAACAACAACGGCAAAGCUGAGAAACGAUGGCCAGUGAGUGAAGACGGCUCAAAGGAGAACGGAGAAACGUGCCCCGUUACACCCACGACCAUCAACAAUAGCAACAAUAACAGCAGCAAGGUCAGCACUCCCAAUAACUUAGCAGGGAAGGCGGUGGACUCUCAGAAUGCCCAGGAGAAAAUCGCACCCCCUACCGACAAGGAGGGAAAGGGGUCAGAGGCCAAGUCACCCGCAGCAACGACGGGAGUGACGGGAGCAGGCUCAUGCGUAGAGAACCUCUCAUCUACAUCUGCCAUCCCUUCUUCUACUUCUACAACCACCUCACCCUCAUCGUCAUCCAAAGACGACUCGACACCUCUAAAAAAGGAUGACACUUACACUACUGUCAACCUACGCCGUUCGUCCUUGAACUCGCCUUCGAGGUCUAAGGAUAAGAAGGAGGAGGCGGCAGGGACCGGAGCGGGUUCGGGCUCAGGGGCAGGGUGUGGGACUCUCAAUGAUUCCAGUUACAUCGAUGUUCUUAACAACAUUAAUUACACACGCCUCCUCACCGACCAAAUCUUGGCUGUGGACCGCCAGGUUGUAGCCCACUGCAAGGCUCGUACCGACAUGUCUGGGUCGACAGCGGUGGUGGCUGUCCUGGAUGGGGAGCUUCUGGUUAUCGGCAACGUGGGAGACUCUCGUGCAGUGAUGGCAGACCUCAAGGGGUCCACCAUACCUCUCUCCUUUGACCACAAGCCUAACCAACUGAAGGAGCGUCGCCGCAUCAAGGAGGCUGGUGGCUUCAUCAGCUUCACUGGGGUGUCAGGGGUGCUGGCCACCUCUCGUGCCCUUGGCGACUUCCCCCUCAAGGAGCCUCGCCAGCUCAUCACUGCAGAGCCUGAUGUUUUAACUUUCAGCCUUACAGAUCAUAGGGCUCACUUCAUCAUCCUUGCUACGGAUGGACUAUGGGAUGUGAUGAGCAACGAUGAGGCAGUUGCCUUCGUAAGGGACCACCUCCACGAGCCUGACCAUGGUGCCAAGGCUCUCACCAUGCACGCCUUCCACCGUGGUUCGCAGGACAAUAUCACUGUGGCCAUACUUAACGUUAGCAACCUACUCCGGAAGUGAGUUGACUGCUACAAAGAUCUGUGUGUGUAUCUCUGAACUGCUGGCUCGCACCCAAACACCAAGGAAGUGUUUUAUUGUUACAACUAGACCAUAUCCUCAAGCUCUCUUGGAACAGAUGGGACUGGUGCUCCAGACUAACAGAUAUUCUUCGUGCAAACCGUGCAUUUGUUACUACCUCCAGAUUUCUUUUUUAAUCAUAUUUAUUUUAUGCUGUCAUUUGUUAGGCUCAUGUCUCAAUCAUUCUUAGGGCCAGUCUCACAGUUCCCCACGAUAGGUUAGUAAGCUCCCAAACCAAUACCAAAGCCUUCGAAGUUUCCUUGUAUAGUGUCUGGUGUAUGUAUUUAAGUUCACAAAUUUGAUGAAGCUAUACAGGAAAAGUCUUGUGUAUUUAGUGUGGCAUCGAAGACCUCACCAUUUUGGAUUGUAUGGGAUUCUGUAGUUUGGUGCGGGCUGUUACGAAGACACUGUGUUGGACUGUGAAAUCGGCUCUUAGACUCAUUGGAAAGCAUAAAGGUGCUUAAACAUUUCAGUUUUUAUAUUUAUUUUUUAUUAUUAUUUUACUGUAGAUUUUCUAUGAGGAACUUUCCAAAUUCCAAGUAAAUAUUUGGAAGAACUACCUGUUAUUUCCUCUUGCUGGAGCAGAGGAAAAAGCAAUAUGUAUCUCACUUUUUUUCUUUUUUUUUUUUUUAGUUCUAAAAGAGCUGUAAGGCCAUAACAUUUUGUUCAAAUAAUGGUUUGAUAAAUUGUUCAGUAAUAUAUAAAUAAGAAAUGACUCAUGUAUGUUGUACAGGUCUGUGUUAGGUGCCCAGUUGCCUAGUAAGUGAGGAUAGAGUCACCCGCUGGUUGUUAGUUCCAUCUGAUAGGAAUAUGCAAUGCAAAAAUGCCGCUAUAUUGGACAAGAAUAUCCACCAGUUACUCGUUCGUAGAUUUGCCGCGCUGGGCUGAUAUGAUUUUUCACCAAAUUUAGUGAAGAACCCACUCAAUUGGCAAUCCUGUGAUGCACGCUGUAUGUUUUAUUUGAUUAUGUAAAUUUCAGUUUACGACCAUUUUGACUUAUGACCUGCCUGUUGGAACUGAACCUCGUUUUAACUUGAGGACUAUCUGUACACCGGGUAUUCGAUAUAUGCGAGUUCGAAAUAUGCAAAUUCGCUCAUAUGCGACUUAACCUAAAUGAGCAAAAUAUUUGUUUUAUGCGAGAAAAAUUCGCUAUUAUGCGAGUAGCGGCGCUGGUGCGACCGGUUGGUGAGGUAUGGUGGCCGACUUGCACUAGAGGGCGGCGGGUGCAAAUGUUUUCCCGCACUUUCCUCGCCUAUAAUUAACCUUUUCCUCCCUCUGAUCUUAAAGAUAAUCCCUAGGUAGCUAAUUAUAAUUAUCAACUUAAAUCGUAGACUUUGCGUGUGUCUCCCCGAAAGGAAUCAAUGUGCUUUAUUAUUGUGAAACGAUGCUGGAAUAAAUAGUUAGAGGGUUCGAAAACGGGUUGUGGAACAUAACCCCCUAUAAUUAAUGGGAUGAUAGGUUCGAUAUAUGCGAAUUCACAUGAUACAAGCUUUUUGCAGAACGUAACCCUCGCAUAUAACGUAUACUGCCUGGUGUACUUGAAUUAUCUCAGUGAAGUAUUAUGGUACUCUGCCUCACAGCUCCUUUAGAGAACCAAAGCAAUGCCUCUCCCUCUGCUCCAGCCAGAACAAUUUUUUAUUUUUUAUUUAUUAUUUUUUUUUUUUACGUGUACGCCUGUUGCGCCGGUAGGCUCUCUUGAGGGGCCUGGAUGGAAGUCGGCCCAAGCCCAUCAUGGCACAGGCAAGUGUUUAUAGUGGCACCAUCUUCUCUGGGCUCAUGCUGCCCCCCGGAACUCCUACACAUUUGCAAAGUUCCCCAUUCAAGUCAUGUAAAUUUCACCAGUACAUUAUCAUUGUAAGUAAUGUAUUACUUUUCAUUGUACAUAUUAUUUUAAUGGCAUAUUUAUGUAUUACUCUGAUUUGUUCCUUGUUAAAUGUAAAUUUCAAAUUCACUGCAUGUUCUAUAUCUGCAUUUAUUUCUUUAAAUUUUUUUUUUACAUAAUUCUUGUAAUACGAUUUUACACAAACUAAAUCAGGCACCAUUUUGAUCUUGAAAAGUCCAUUUGUGUGCUGGGAAGGAAUACAUAAAUUGAAAGUCAUGAAUUAUCAGAAUUAAUAAACUCAACUGAUUUGAGAGAUUCUUCCGUCCCAAGGAUCAGUGAGAAAUAAACUCACUCUCCUUAAGCUUGGCAGGAUGUGAUUGGUAUUUAGGAAAAUAUAUUUGUGGGGUAACCAUUGGGUGUUUGGGUGGGGGAGCAGUCUUGUUUGUAUAUGUGGGGGCGUGUUAGGAGGGAGUGUGUUUGGCAGGUAGGGGAAAUUGAGCUGGAUGGAAGCAUUGGAGGGAGGCAGGUAUAUACAGUCAUCCCUCAAAUAGUACAGUUUCCAAUAGUUCUGUUUUUGUGUUUGGCAGGUAGGGGAAAUUGAGCUGGAUGGAAGCAUUGGAGGGAGGCAGGUAUAUACAGUCAUCCCUCAAAUAGUACAGUUUCCAAUAGUUCUGUUUUUGUGUUUGGCAGGUAGGGGAAAUUGAGCUGGAUGGAAGCAUUGGAGGGAGGCAGGUA